AAUCCCCAUAUAGCAGCACUAAGAAUUUACUACUGGAUAAAACAACGGUUUGGUUGGCGAUAAUUUAGACAACAAACAACUACAAGAAAUCGUAUAAAAGCUUAACGGAUUACAGUUUGCAUAUCAUAUCUCGUCGAGUCGAGAACGCGACAACACCCAAAAUCAGUUUAUAUUCAAAAAUGUCAUCGAAUAGCCAAAAAUUACUUGCAUUACUGCAGCGACCCUUGGAGCCCACCUUCUAUCCCAAGGAUGACGGCAAGACGCUGAUUGACCUCCCAGAUAACUAUUUAACUGAGCGUUAUCGUCCAAUUGGAGCCAAUUUGCAGACUAGAUUCAGCAACGAUGCCGACACCAGAAUCCCCGUCCGCAGGGUUGCAACACCGGAUAUCGCCUUCGCAGAAGCCAUUCCUCGCCGUGGUGGAUUUUCACUUUUUGUCGACAAGCAUCGCAAGAUAGCUGGAGAUCUGAUUGCACUUUUCCUGAGACAACCAGACGUCGAUACACUGAUGGCCGUGGGUUCGUAUGCGCGCGAUCGACUGAAUCCAAUGUUGUUCCAGUACGCGUUAUCCGUUGCCAUUCAGAAUAGACCGGAUACGAAGGACGUGAACAUUCCUUCGCUGCUGCAGUUGUUCCCGGAUUCAUUCGUAGAUCCUACAACAUUCCCAAGGGCUAGAGAAGAAGGUUCGGUGGUUCAGCAGUCCGAUCGGAUGGUUGUCAAUAUUGAAAUGAAUUUCACUGCUUCGGAUCGAGAAGAAGAACAGCGAUUAGCAUUCUUCCGUGAAGAUAUUGGAGUUAAUCUGCACCACUGGCAUUGGCAUUUGGUAUACCCCGGAGAUGGUCCUGAUUCAGUUGUCCGAAAAGAUCGUCGUGGGGAGUUGUUCUACUACAUGCACCAACAGCUGAUUGCCCGCUACAACGUGGAACGAUUCUGUGCUCGACUAUCCCGUGUUCGACCCUUGAGUAACCUACGAGUAGCCAUUCCGGAAGGAUACUUCCCAAAAAUUAUCAGGAGUGUGAAUAAUCGUGCUUUCCCACCUCGUCCCCAAAAUCAAAUCUUGGGUAGCGUAAACAGAGUGGACGAUGACGUGAUCUUCACUGUGACUGAUUUGGAAAAUUGGGAAAAACGUAUCUCAGACAGUAUCGACGCUGGAUUUGUAAUGGGAACGAAUGGUCAACGUGUUCCUCUCACCGAAGAAAACGGCACUGACAUUCUAGGAAACCUCAUGGAACCUUCUUCGCUCUCGAUCAACCGCCAGUACUAUGGAAGCUAUCAUGGCAAUUUGCAUAACAUCAUUGCCUACAGCCAUGAUCCGGAAGGUCGUUUCUUGGAAGGCUACGGGGUUGUUGGGGAAUUCCAGACAGCUAUGAGGGACCCGACGUUCUACCGUUUGCACGCUCAAGUUGAUAACAUGUUCCAUCGCCACAAAAACACAUUGCAACCGUAUCCUGCCAAUCAACUCAACUAUAAUGGAAUCCAGAUUCAAUCACUAGGAGUUCAGCUGAAUCGUGCCAAUGCUCCUGCUAAUAUUUUAUUGACCUACUGGCAACGCUCGCAAAUUGAUUUAGCCACUGGAAUGGAUUUCGGACCUCAAGGCAACGUUUUUGCUGCAUUCACUCAUUUGCAGCAUGCUCCGUUUACAUUCCGUCUGACCGUCAACAACAGCGGUGCUAGACGGCGUGGAACUUGCCGAAUCUUCAUUGGCCCAAAGACAGACGAACGCAACAUUGCACUUACCUAUCAGGAACAGCGAAUUCUCAUGAUUGAACUGGAUAAAUUUAAUGUCACAUUGAACCCCGGCAGCAACUCCAUUGUUCGUAGGUCAGAGCAAUCUAGCGUGACCAUCCCCUACGAAAGAACUUUCCGUUCUGCAGCCCCUUCCAAUCAACCUGGCACCGAAGUGUACCGUUUCUGCAACUGUGGAUGGCCAUCGCAUUUGUUAAUCCCCAAGGGAUCUCCGGAGGGAAUGCCCUUCGAUCUGUUUGCAAUGAUUUCCGACUACACUGCCGACACAGUCAACCAGGAGUUCGAUGAGAACGUCGACUGCAACGAUUCGCACUCGUUCUGCGGCCUUCGUGAUCGCCUCUACCCAGAUCGUCGUGCCAUGGGAUAUCCAUUCGAUCGCCGAGCUCCGAACGCUAUCCGUACUUUGCAGGACUUUGCCCGUCCGAAUAGCAACAUGGCGCUAACGAAUGUGCAGAUCCGGUUUACCAACAGUGUGAUCGCUAGAACAUAAAUUUACUGAAAUGGUCUAAUUAAUUGAAAACACAAUCUAUGUGCACUUGUAAAGGCAUCCCGAAUGAAAUAAACAGAAUAUUGCAACAAACGAUUAA